UUUUGGGUGAGACAGUGUGUGCAGCUCCUGGCUCGAAAACGUUCCAAUUACUUGAGAUAAUACAUCAAUCAUCCGACUCAGCACUGCCUACUGGACUGGUUAUCGCUAAUGAUGUGGACGCCCAAAGGUGUAACCUUCUCAUUCACCAGACCAAAAGAAUGUGUUGUGCCAACUUGAUAGUUACCAACCAUGAGGCUCAGCACUUUCCAAGCUGCAAUUUGAGCAAAAAUGGCUUAGACACAUCUGAAUUUGGAAUUCCAGAUAUCAGUCAACUCUUGUUUGAUCGAGUCUUAUGUGACAUUCCAUGCAGUGGAGAUGGAACUCUUCGCAAGGCUCCCGACAUUUGGAGGAAGUGGAGUGGAGGUAUGGGCAACGGAGUGCAUCGCCUUCAAGUGCAGAUCGCUAUGCGUGGUAUUGCUUUGCUUAAAGUAGGUGGAAGAAUGGUAUACUCAACCUGUUCGAUGAAUCCCGUCGAGAAUGAAGCUGUGGUUGCUGAGAUUCUGAGGAGAUGUGGGGAAUCUGUUGAACUUCUUGAUGUCUCUACCGAGCUCCCUCAAUUGGUCCGUCGCCCGGGAAUUAAGAGUUGGAAGGUCCGUGAUAAGGGUGUAUGGUUAGCUUCUUACAAAGAUGUGUCUAAGUACCGCAGAACUGCCAUUGUGCCAAGCAUGUUUCCUUCCGGUCAAAGCUUUGAUGCCGAAACAGUGGUUCCUUCAGGGUUAGAUGAAAACGUGGUUCCUCCUAGCAAUGACAAUGACAUGGAGAAUGUAGAUUCUGAUCAUGUCAACGAGCAGUCCGAGAUCCUUGUGAGUCCAACUGAUGCUUUGGAGAUGGAGGUUUCAGAUCUCCCUCUAGAACGUUGCAUGAGGAUAGUGCCCAUGAUCAGAACACUGGAGCUUUUUUCAUUGCAAUUCUUCAGAAAGUAUCCCCUCUUCCUGCGGUUUCAAGUUCCACCAAACCGAAGGAAACUUUAACAAACGGGAAUCACAAGUUACCCUUGAAGGUAUCAGAUGAGGUACCCAGAGAAACUAAUAGCGCAGAACCAUCCGCUAUAUCAAAUGUGGAAUCAUCAGAUGGAAA